AUGGGUAAGCGCAAGGGUCGUCGUCGAAAAGCCUCAUUGAAGUCAUACGGAUCUGCAAAUGCUGGGCUACCGGAUCCUUCGUACGCGCGAAAUUGCUGUGAUGGUUUCAAUAGCGACGAGGGGAAAACUACUGUGUCCGGAUCGAGCGGUGACGACGACGAAGAAGUGAUUGAUGCGCAGGCUGACGCUAUCGAUAGUUGUGCAAACAAAGAGAAAAUGAAAAUGGGCAGCUGCUGCAAAAGAAAGAAUGACGAGAAGAUGGAUGAAAGCUGCUCUUUCAAAAACAAGUCAAACUGCAACGAGAAGAGAGCUGAAAUCAUGAAGACUGAUGUGAAGGUCGUCCACAUAUCCACGAAUAUAGACAAUUUUUGUGAUCAAACUGGUUCGAAGCCAUUAAAUUGCUGCUCGUCAAAGCAGCGUGCAACUUUAAAUGAUCCGGAUGUAUCAGCGAUAGACUUUCAAAAGAAAUGUUGUGCGUCGAGAGUGGUCCAGGCAUCGAGUAGCCCUUACUGCUACGUAUCCAAUAGAAUAGCUAUUAAUGCAAAUGAUCGUAACAUUUGUGAGUCAAACAAAACGACAUCAUUGUCUAAAUGUUGCUCGAAAGCAGCGAGUAUUAAGGCCGACGCUGACGAUUGUUGUGGAAACCGAAACAAGGUAAAGACGUCGAAGCUCUACAUGUCUAAUUCUCAGACGCCUUCUCUUGGUAAUUGCUGCUCAUCUCCUCUUAUGGCUAAUCAAGAGCCCUCAAAUUCAGGUUGCUACUCAAUUGGUGCGCAGGAUCUGUCACCUCCUGAGAGAUCUUCGAGUUUCUUAGAGCGAUUGAUGGAGUUUCGUCGUGAUCGUGGGGCUUCUCUCGAGAAACAAAGGUUCCAGUCUACAAAUUUAGGACCAAAGACUAAAUCAAAUGAGUCACUGGAAGUUCUUCGCUUGAACAUUAGUGGAAUGACGUGCAAUGGCUGCUGUACGCGCAUUGAAAAGUUUAUGAGUACUCAGCGAGGAGUCACGGAUGUCAAUGUGAGUCUGCUUACAAGUCGUGGAGUGUUUUGUUUUGAUCCGCAACUCGUCACGGCAAAAACUAUUGAAGACACAGUGGCUUCCUUGGGAUUUGAGCCAAGUGUGCUGUCCAGUGACGAUCUGGUGAGUGUCAUGCUAUAUUUUGGCCAACCCGAGAGAUCGAUACAAGCUCAGAAGCUGGCACUGGCAAUCUCCGGUGUCGUUAGAGUAAAAGACGUAAAAAACCAGAAGGCUCUCGGCAAAGCACUAAUAGUCGAGUACAAUCCCGACCUCAUAGGUGCUCGACGAAUAUGUAAUUACUUGUCGCAAGAGCUAGGGUCUGCCGUACAAGCAUCAACUCCAAGAACGCCAUCAGUUCGUGCGAGUGCGGAAGAAAUGCAACGCAUCGCUAAGCACUUGCUCUGGAGCAGCUUGCUGUCGCUACCAGUUAUACUCAUCGAGUUUGUUUUGCCGGUCCUUUACCCAUCGUCUCGUACUAAUCUAGAAGAUGUAGGAUUUUUUGGCUCUGCAAACCGCUUGAGUAUAAAGGAUGCGGUGGAAUUAGCAUGCGCGACGCCGGUGCUUUUCCUCAUAGCGCGUCCCAUUCACGAGAGCGCCUUUUUGGCUCUGCGUUACGGUGGGCGCGUUACCAUGGAUGUCCUCAUUUCGCUGAGUGCUUGCACAGCGUACGCUUUUUCCAUCUUCACUGUUGUUUCUGGUGCGAUCGCAAAAUCUCAACCACAAGAUUCUCAAGCGGAUCAACUAACAAAGUUGCCUGAGCACUCAGCUCAAGACGACUCGCUACGAAAGAAUACAUUCUUUCAAGUCACUGUGUUCCUGGUUACUCUCAUUCUCGUUGGUCGGUUCAUUGAAACACUAGUCAAAGCUCGUGCAUCGAACAGUGUGGAUUCAUUGCUGCGGAUGCAAGCUAAGACAGCCAUUUUGCUCGAAGAAGGGGACGAAAAAGAGUUAUACAUUGACGUGGCGCUCGUGGAACGUGGUGAUCUGCUCAAAGUCCUUCCUGGAACACGCAUACCAACGGAUGGCGUUGUUGUCAAAGGCGCUUGUGUUUUGGACGAGUCCAUGGUGACGGGUGAAGCUCAUAAAGUAGCUAAGGAGCCUGGGGACAUCGUCAUUGGUGGAUCUAUUAAUUUUCAUGGUGUUUUAAUCAUGCAGGUGAGUCAUACCAUUCAUGAAUCUAUGCUGGCACGCAUGGUCCGACUUGUAGGGGAAGCACAGGCCUCUCGUGGUUUGCGCCAGAGCGUUGCAGAUGCCGUGGCUGCUUAUUUUACAACAUUCAUCAUUAUUCUCGCGGGUCUGAUAUUCUUAGUGUGGUAUUCGCUUGCUAUGUACGGUCAAGUUGAAACACAAGGGUGGGCGCCUUUUCCGUUUGCACUGCGCUUCGCGAUCACAGUGCUAGUCAUCAGUUGCCCUUGUGCAAUCAGUCUUGCUGUGCCGACAGCAAUUAUGAUUGCGACAACUAAAGGUUCUCAAAUAGGUAUUCUUUUCAAAGGAGGUCGCGCCCUAGAAGCAUUUGAAGAAGUUAAUGCCGUUGUGUUCGACAAGACAGGAACACUCACAAGUGCGCAACUUGAGGUCUCCAGUGUCUUUACACUGCAGACAUCUAUGACCGAAUCACAGCUUUGGAGCUUUGUCGCUGCUGUUGAGAAGAGCAGUGAACAUUCCAUUGGUAGAGCUCUUCUAGCACACGCAAUAACCCAUCUUCAAGGAUCACAAGUCGACGAGGCUGAAAUAUUUGAGGCCAUACCGGGAUGUGGUGUUCACUGUACAGUACGAGGUGUCGAUGUGCAUCUCGGCUCUCUUGUUUGGCUAAGACAGCAGACGUAUGCUGGCUCCCGCACUUUAAAUGUUCCUCCCGAGUUCAUUUUAACAAACAAACGAUUCCAGUCUGAAGGCAGCAUUGUGGUCUUUGUUGUUGUUGACGGUGAAUUAGUAUCGGCGAUCGCACUUCGAGAUACAUUGCGUCCGGAAGCUAAGCGUGUCAUCGAACAGGUGAAGCGCUACGGAAUUCAACCAUGGAUUCUGACUGGUGAUCAGCGCGGCACGGCCAAGACUGUGGCGGCGACAUUAGGCGUGCCCGAAAGCUCGGUGCUUGCUGAGUGUCUACCGCAUCAAAAGGUUGACAAGGUGCGCUUACUUCAAAGUUUAGGGCUGCGCGUCGCGUUUGUAGGGGAUGGUGUGAAUGAUGCUCCAGCGCUGGCAACAGCAGACGUAGGCGUUGCACUUGGUGCUGGAACGGAUGUAGCGCUUGACGCUGCAGACGUUGUCUUGGUCAAAGAUGAUCUUCGCGAUUUACUUAAUGCUCGAGCGCUUUCAAACGCAACUAACCGACGUAUUAAGCACAACUUUGCGUGGGGAUUUAUGUACAAUCUGCUGAUGAUGCCGAUUGCUUGUGGGGCAUUGUAUGCUCCUCUCGGGAUAUGGAUUCCUCCAGCUCUCGCUGGAUUGUCAGAACUAUUAUCGUCCGUGCCGGUGAUCCUCUUUUCAUUGCUACUUAAUCGCUGGAAGCCGCCAUUCGGUGGUGACUGGGGACUUAAACAAAAUCACCUAACAAUCGACGUUAUCGAGUCGACGCCUCUGCUGUCGAAGCAUGGUUGA